AUGAGCUCCAGUAUGCCGUAUAGUCCUCUAUAUGAGGAAGAUAAAAAGAGGCAAUUCAACUACAGGCGUCGAUCGCUGCUGGACCGGCUGGGAAAUGCCAUUGCACAGCACAGAAAGAUAGUUUUGGUGAUCUUCUGUUCGCUUUUCGUCAUGUUCUGGUUUGGAUCCUCCAAGCUACCGCCUUUUUCUAAGGAUCCAAAGAUCGUGCUUAUACUGGCGGUCAACGAUGGGGGUGGUGUCCAUAAAUGGAAGGGAGAACAAGAGUGGGCUAGUGAACGUAUUUCGAUUCAAAACAAACGUGCGUACGCCAAGAGGCACGGGUAUGGUUUGACCUUAAAGGACAUGCGUACUGCCAAGCGUUAUUCGCACGAGUACCGUGAAGGGUGGCAGAAAGUGGAGGUUUUGCGCCAAACCAUGCGCGAAUUCCCCAAUGCAGAAUGGUUCUGGUGGCUAGACCCUGAAACUUUGAUCAUGGAGCCCCAGAUGUCGCUUGAGAAACACUUGUUUAGUCGACUCGACACCCUUUCGUACCGGAUUCCAGAUGAGUUCAACCCCUUGCAGCUGCCACUGGACAUUCCUUAUGUCGACUACUCCCAGGAACCCGAGCUUUUCAUUACCCAGGACUGCGGAGGCUUCAACCUAGGUUCAUUCCUCAUCAAAAACUCCGAAUGGACAAAACUACUGCUCGACGUCUGGUGGGACCCUGUAUGCUAUGAGCAGAAGCACAUGAUGUGGGAACACCGCGAGCAAGAUGCACUGGAGGCACUAUAUGCACAAGAGCCAUGGAUCCGCGAAAAGACUGCUUUUUUGCCUCUAAGAAGCAUCAAUGCCUUUCCACCCGGUGCGUGCUCAGAGUUUUCUGACGACGCUCGUUUUUUCUACAAUGAAGAAGAUCGCGAUUUCGUUGUCAACAUGGCGGGUUGCAGCUUUGGAAGAGACUGUUGGGCCGAAAUGCAACAUUACGGGUCUCUUAUGGAGACACACAACCAAAGGUGGUGGCGCCGCUUCUAUUGA